AUGACGUCCAGGUCACAAAGGAAUGAGGAGAUCGUUCAAGAUAAGGAACCAGAAGUUCGAAAAGAACCAUCCAAGAGGCGAGACAAGAGCAAGGUAAGAGAGCCCUCUUCUAACCCUUCUCUUGCUGGUCGUACAGUUGUUGAAGAGGAAGGAGGCGCGGACAACAACCCACUCGACGAGAGAAUCGUCAGAGUUGAGGUGGGGUUGUCAGCCUUGAACAGGAGAAUUGUGGUGGUUGAAAAUAAUUUUAGUUCCCUCGAGUCCGUAGCUAUUGAAGGGCUGGACGAGCUGAAGAACAGCUUGGCUGAUCUUGAAGAUGUUCAAAGAGAGGGUCUGUCCGCCCUUGAAAUCAAGUUCAACGAAGCCAUCUCUGCCCUUCAAAGAGAGGUGGAGGCUUUGAAACGGCAGGUUGAUAAGACUGUCGAGGCGGGAGUUGCUUCUCCCGUUAUUGUUCGAGAAACCCGGAUUGAGGCUCCUAAACCCAAAGAAUUUAGAGGGGAUAGGAGUGCUCAGGACGUAGAGAACUUCAUAUGGAAAAUGGAGUCCUAUUUUGAACAUGUUGACAUGCGCACAGAAGCGGCCAAGAUCCGGACAGCGGCUAUGUACUUGACGGACACAACCAUGCUGUGGUGGCGAUGCAAAAAGGCUGAUAUGGAGAGAGGGGCUUGCCAGAUUGAUGAUUGGGAGCAGUUUAAAACUGAGCUCAAACGGCAGUUCUAUCCCCAGAACGUCGUCCACGAAGCCCGCAGGAAGUUGAGGGAGCUAAAGCAGACUUCCUCCAUCCGGGAGUAUGUGAAGGAAUUCACGAAGUUAACACUUCAGAUUCCUAGUUUGAUGAGUGACGACUUUCUAUUCUAUUUCCUUGAUGGCCUUCAGAAUUGGGCCAGGCAGGAGCUGCAACGACGUCAAGUGCAUGACGUUGACGAGGCGAUCGUAGUGGCGGAAUCGCUCAAUGAUUUCCAUGGUGAUGCUGCAAAAGGGAGGGAUAACAGGAGCAAAACUAUUCCUCCCAAAGUCGACAACAACAACAGUGGACGGAGCAGACCAAAUACCAGCCGGAGCAGUGACACGAGAAGCAACCCUCAUAAUGAGCCUUCAAACUUUCGGAAAAAUUAUGAAGACCGCAAGAGGGGUGCUCCUCAGCGGGAAGGCUGUUACAUCUGCGGAGAGACGACACAUGCCGCUCGGUACUGUCCGUCUUUGAGGAAGCUGAGUGCCAUGGUAGCUGCCGAGAAGCAGCAAGAGAAGGCUGCAGCGCAAGCGGACAGCUCUGCCGGUGAGAAACGUGGGCAGAGUAGCGGAGCUGACAAAGGCAAGAACGUGGCCGUAGGCAUGUUCAAUCAUAUGGAGCUGAUCAGCCACAUCUCCAUUGCUGCUUUGGUUGCCAAACCAGCUAGCGUCAGGCCUCGAGAAUCUCUGUUCGUCGAUGCCAAGCUGAACGGCACAGACGUGCGGAUCAUGGUAGACACAGGGGCAACCCACAACUUUGUGACUGAGCAGAAGGCCAGGGAGCUGGGCCUAAGUUAUGUUGCCAGUAAUACCAAGUUGAAGACCGUCAACGCCACUCCUACUACUGUCACUGGCUUCGCGCCUAGAGUUCCGAUUGAGUUAGGAGAGUGGGCCGGGCAAACUAAUUUUACAAUUGCCCCGAUGGAUGUAUUUGAUGUCAUCCUAGGACUUGACUUUUGGUAUGAAGUCAAUGCCUUCAUCUCGCCGCGUCACAACCAGCUUCAUAUCAGUGACACCGGUGGUUCUUGCGUGGUACCCCUGAUUCGGGUACCACAAACUGGAAUGCAAUUGUCGGCAAUGCAGAUCAUCAAGGGCUUCAAGAGAGGCGAUCCAACAUUUCUUGCCACUCUGAUUGAAGACACUGGGAGCUGCCCUGAGGCAGUUCCAUUGCCACCUUGCAUCGAACAUGUCCUUAGCAGCAACAAGGACGUUAUGCCAACAGAACUUCCCCAACGGCUACCACCACGGAGGGAAGUUGACCAUCAAAUUGAGCUAGUUCCAGGGGCAAAGACGCCUGCCAUGACGCCUUAUCGCAAGGCGCCCCCGGAACUGGAGGAGUUAAGGAAGCAGCUCAAGGAGUUGCUGGAUGUUGGACACAUCAGGCCGUCCAAGGCGCCGUUUGGUGCGCCUGUGCUAUUCCAGAAGAAGAAGGACAAGACGCUGCGGUUGGGACAGGCGAAGGUGUUCACCAAAAUGGAUUUGAGAAGAGGGUAUCACCAAGUUCGGAUUGUCGAAGGUGAUGAGCCGAAGGCUGCCUGUGUAACGCGUUAUGGUGCGUUCGAUUGGCUGGUGAUGCCAUUUGGGUUGACGAACGCACCAGCGACAUUCUGCACGCUGAUGAACAGACUGUUCCACUCUUACUUGGAUCAGUUUGUUGUGAUUUAUUUGGAUGAUAUCGUGGUCUACAGCAACAACAUGGAGGACUAUGUAGAGCACUUGUGCAAAGUGUUUGAGAUCCUGCGCAACAACGAGCUGUAUGUGAAGCGUGAGAAGUGCAGUUUCGUGCAACCAACUGUCCAUUUCCUUGGGCACACUAUCAGCCAUGGCAAGAUUCAUAUGGAUAGCGACAAGAUAGCUGCUAUCAACAAUUGGGAAGCACCAACGAAGGUACCAGAAUUGAGGUCCUUCCUUGGCCUUGCUAAUUACUACCGGCGCUUCAUCUUCAAUUAUUCCGCCAUAGCAGCUCCUCUCACAGACUUGCUGAAGAAGGACCGUGACUGGAAUUGGUCGGCAGCUUGCCAAGCUGCCUUUGAGAGGCUGAAGUUGGCUGUGACGGAAGAUCCUGUGUUGGCCUUGCCAGACUUCUCCAAGCCAUUCGAAGUCCACACGGAUGCAUCAGACUUCUCUAUCGGUGGCGUCCUAAUGCAAGAGGGCCACCCGAUAGCCUAUGAGAGCAGGAAGCUGAAUGAAGCGGAGCAGCGGUACUCAGCACAUGAGAAGGAAAUGACAGCCGUGGUGCACUGCCUGAGAACGUGGCGCCACUACUUGCUGGGAGCUCACUUUGUCGUCAAGACGGACAACGUCGUGACAACAUAUUUUCAGUCCCAAAAGAAGUUGUCCGCCAAGCAGGCUCGAUGGAAAGACUACCUAGCAGAGUUCGACUUUACUCUGGAGUACAAGCCGGGGAAAGCGAAUGUGGUGGCUGACGCCCUUAGCCGCAGGACUUCAUUGGCAGCCAUUGUCAGCUCAAGCAGCAGCUCACUUGUUGAUGACAUUAAGGAGGGAUUGCAGCAUGAUCCCAUUGCUAAACAACUCUUCGCCUUGGCCCAACAAGGCAAGACGAAGAAGUUUUGGGAGGAAGACGGCCUGCUCUAUACAACGGGCAGGCGUGUGUACGUCCCGAAGUGGGCUAGCCUUCGGCGUACCUUGAUGAAGGAAGGCCACGACUCUGCUUGGGCUGGUCACCCGGGGCAGAAGAGGACCUUGGCCUUACUUGAAGCUUUAUACUACUGGCCUCGGAUGCGGGAUGGCAUCGAGGUGUAUGUGCGAACGUGCCUUAUCUGCCAACAGGACAAAGUUGAGACAAAGGUACCGGGCGGAUUGCUGGAGCCGCUGCCCAUUGCUGAAAAGCCUUGGGACAGCGUCACAAUGGAUUUCAUAACCUGUUUGCCAAAUUCAGAGGGCUUCGGAACAAUUAUGGUCGUGGUGGAUCGCUUCUCCAAAUAUGCGACGUUCACCGCCACCACGGCUAACUGCAAGGCGGUGGAGCGUGUCCCACCCCACAAGGCGGUGGAGCGUGUCCCGCCCCGCAAGGCGGAACAUUAA